AUGGAUUCUAAGAAGUUCAGCGAUUUCUCGACCCUGCCUCCCAAAAAUUCACCUACGAAGAACGUCAUAGUGAUCUCCUCCGGUUCAUCAAGCGCCACAAUGUUCUGUCCUCUUCCCCAAAACCCUACUUUGGCUGUAAAACUAACUCCGACCAUUCUUGAUGGACGACGCUGUUCCAAGAACAAGAAAAAGAGGGAAUUUAAACCACCGGCUUUGAAGAAGAGUAGUAGCUGUAGAGUGAUAAGGGAAGAAUCAUUCGACGUAGCCGUUCAGAAACCUACAGACGAAGUAACUCUCGAAGGUGGACUGGUGAAAAAGUCUUCCCCUUGGGUCAAAUCUCGGUUGCUUGGGAAAGGGGGUUUCGCCUCUGUUUAUCUAGCGACGUACAAGAACCAAGAGAGAGCGAUCAAAACUGCAGACAUUUCACGUGCUACGACUCUCAUGAACGAAGGAAGGAUCUUAAGAAGUUUACAAUCUCCUUUUGUGAUUAGCUGUUCGGGCGAGGAGAUUGUACGGGAAGGAGCUGAUUAUCAUUACAACUUGAUACUUGAGUAUUGCUCUGGAGGAAGUAUAGGAGAUUUGCUCAGGAAUAUUCAGAAAGGGUUAAUAGAGUUUGAUGUAAAGCUGAUCGCUAGAGAUGUUCUGGCUGGUCUGAGAGAUAUCCACGCCAGAAACAUUAUUCACUGUGACAUUAAACCGGACAAUCUCUUACUGACCCCUAUUGAUAAUCACCAAAUUAGGUUUAACAGUUAUGUAACCAAGGUUGGGGACUUUGGUUUAGCACUAGAGAAAGGUUCGGUGGAGUAUGGAGAUGGAUCGGGUCAUAAGAGAGGUACUAUGCGCUAUAUGGCUCCGGAGCUGAUUAGUCGUGGUAUUGUGGACUUUAGUGUUGACAUUUGGGCGUUUGGAUGUUCGGUUUUGGAGAUGUUAACCGGGGAACUAGUUUGGGAAGAGUAUGGUGAUCUGGUUUAUGAAGAUUUGGUCAAUCUAAUCGGUCACAGUAAUGUCAUUCCUAAUAUACCGAGUGGGUUAUCUGCAGAAGCACAAGAAUUUCUAAGGGGAUGCUUUACUAAGGAGCCUAAAUCAAGGUGGGGGCUCGGUGCACUCAUGAACCAUCCCUCUCUCAUUUUGGAUGUAAAAUUGCCUUUUUAA